AUGGACCCGCUGGAUUUUCUGGAGCCUGAAGAACUGCUGCGAUUUUUCCACUGCCGCAAAACAGAACUGUCCUGCAUGGAGAAACCUCUCACUUUUAUCAACCAGCUCAGGGAUCACAACCUUAUCCCAGAAGAAACGUACAAGGUGAGGCACUGAAGUGGGGGGAAUUUGCAUUUGUGUGUAUCACGCCGUCCUCAACCCCCCUUGUGAGUAGUCAGCAAAACACGGGCCCCAGGGAUUUCAUGACAAGCCAGUUCGAAGGAUUUUAAGUUUUAACUAAUCUUUGUUGAAGAUUUAAGUCACUUUUUAAACUGUAAUCAGUGUAAAAGUCACUCAGUGAAUCAGUCUGUAUGUAAAAAUAAAGAAAGGGUAUGAAGAAUUGUUUCAAACAUUUGACUCCCAGAGCCCAUGAAGUAGGUCUGUUUUGGUGCCACCAGAGGGCACAGAGAUCACUGCUAUCCAUUAGGGGAGACCGGGGUAAGUCGAGCCAAAGGGUGAGUUGAGCCACCCCCUGUUGCUUGGAAAUAGUGAAAGAAAAUGAUCAUGUGACCAAAUAUUAAGGAGAUGGGCAUCAAUUCAUGGAGUCUGUGAAGGUUAGAGGCACAUGGGUGAAGGGGUUAGACAUUUAUUUACAAUAAAACAAACAAACAAACAAAAAUUCACUCGAAAGUGAAUUUAGUCCGUCAAGUUAUAUUAGAAUUGUUUUCAAGCCAAAAAAGAUCAUUUUAAAUUGUUUUAUCCAUCAAUUGUGGUAUCUAUGGGGUCAAUAACCUAGCAUAUAAGUCCACCAUUUUAGUUUUUUAGGACUAAUAAUGUCAUCAUAAUAGUUCUGGGCUAAGUUGAGCCAGUGGCUCAACUGAGAAAGUAAAGGAGUCUGAUGAGAGGAUCAGAGUUUCAGUUCAGAUUGUUGAAAUGUUUUACUUUUUCUUUUCAAAAAUACAGCUGUGAAUGUUGUGAAUCACUUAAAGACAUUCUCAUGUUAAAAUGGAUUUUUACAAAACAGCUUUUCAGCAAUUAUACAGUAUGUAAUAAUAAUAAAAAGAAUUAUUGUACCAGUUGAAUUGUGUAUAUUAGAGAAAAAAUCACAUGCAUGUGAAGAAGCGAGUGUUAUUUAGGGAGAGAGAAGGUGAGGGAGGGCUGGGGUGGAAAGUGUGAGGAUAGUAGGGAUACGGCUCAACUUACCCCCCUCCUAUGGUCACCUUACCCCAUACACGGGGUACGUUGACCAUAGGAGACCCCUUUUGUUGGCAUGCUUUUUUAUCAAGACAGUUAUGUUUACACUCAUUCUGUUGGUUUGCAGGGAUACACAACAUCUUGAAAUAUAUGCAGAUACACUAGUUAGAGACAAAACAAAACUACGAUUGCCUUGAUGUAGUGAUCCAAAAUAUGAAAAAUGGCUCAGCUUACUCCACUCUACCCUAUGGAUUUUUGGUAUUGUACCCUUUGUUUAGACACUUCUCCAGAUUCUCUAUAUCUUUUCAAUCUGAUGUACUGUAGAUAUCUUAACACAGAGGACUAUCAUUCUGAAUUUGUUAUAUUUGCUCAUGCAUUCUCUGACAAAGUGAUGAACCUUUUUUUUAUCUUCAUAGAGACUCAACCUCCCAGUAAUGCUCACUUCAAAUACAGACUUGUGACUUACAUGUUGUACAUUUAGUUGGAAGAUGUCCCUCUAGGUUCUUAUUAAUAAUUACACAACUUUUUCAGUGUUUUGCUGUCAGUACCCUAACCUUUCUAAACAGUUUGGUGGCAUCAGUAAAUGAAAAUAUUUGUCAAAAAACAAGUGUCAACAUUUAAUAUGUUAAAUUUACAGGAUUUUCUGCCGAAAGAAGGGUUUAAAAGAUUUAUGAACCACCAAAAUCUGAUAACAUUUUACACAUCACCACAAUUAUUUAAAAACUAGACUUGCACUUUUCAAGAGCAGAGCAAAGUCCCCUGAAAUAACAGUGACAUUUAUCUUCGGCAAAACAAAAACGUACUGCUGAGACAUAAUUUCUCAUUUCAGUUAUCAUAAAUACUCAUAUUGACAGAUAUAUUGGAUCAUAUUACUCAUUUUUAAUCCUCCUAUUAUGUGUGUGAGCAGAAGAUGAGUCGCAUGAGGAGUAAAGACAACAUAAAGAGAGCUCUUUAUGAUCUUCUGGACUGGUUGGAGACAGAGAAAUCACAGCACAUCAAACUCUUCUGGAGUUGUGUCUUCAAAGGUACCAUCAUGAACCAGUAUCCUCCUCUGAAACUGAUGUACAACAGCCUCAUGGAUGGUAAGUCUCCUUUUUUUGUGCUCAUAGGGGUGUUUUACACAUUGGUAAUAGUUUACUUUGCACAAAAAUUGCAGUACGAACCUGAAUUUUUCCCUCGAAGACAAAUAUUAAGGAUUGAAAUGGUUCAAAAAGAGCAAAAUAAUUUAAAAUAUUAAAUUAACUCAUAAAUAAAAAAGCUGAGGGUACACAAAGGAGAUUGAAGUAGGUAUAUGCUCUAGAAAAUACAUUUGAUUCUGUCUUAAAUCCUCCACUGUGAUUUAUUGAUGUUACAUUAACAACAUUUUAAAUUUUCUUUAAAAAUGAUUCUGUUGUAGGGUCUUACAAAUGUACCACACAAGUGCCCGAGAAAACAGAAAAGGAUGAUGGCAAAAGAAGGACGUUUUCUGAGGAUGAAAAUGACGAGGAGCUGCAAACAGUAAAACAGAAGAAAAAACGGAGACGUAAGCAUUUGAGUAACAAUGAGGAGGAGCUAUCUGGUCCAUCAACUCGGACAACUCCAAGUCAGAAGACCAAGAAAAUAAAUUUCUGUAAGUCACUUUCUCUUCAUGCUGCUGGAAAAACAGCUGUGAAAGAAAACGUCUGAAUGUAGAGUUUCUGUUUUUCAGCUCCUAUAAAGAAGGCAGAGGAAAUCUGGAACUGGCCAAUCUAUAAGACCCAGCUUCCUGUGACCUGUGGAAACAAGGAGGGGAUGCUGAAUAGAGAAAGACUGGCUAAAGGUCAGAGAGUUGAAGACAUGUGGAGUAGCUUUGACUAAAAAAAAAAAAUAAGCAAGCACCAUGGUGAAUCCUUUUUUAUUUACAGGAAAUAAAUAAAAUAAAACAACAGACAAGAUUCCACCAACCAGAUUUUAUCACAAGAAAUCUUUAGAACAAAUCUAAUCCAGGUCUAAGUCCAGUAUAUCAGCCAUUUUUAAUGUUGCCAAUAACAGAGUUCAAUCACUGUCAUUGUUUCAGGGGAGAAAUGCAUCAUAGUCGGCAGAGAGUGGUUCACACCGUCUGAGUUUGAGAGAUUUGCAGAAAGAGGGAGCUGUAGGAACUGGAAGACAAGCAUUCGAUGUAAAGGCACACCACUCAAGAAGUUGUUGGAGGUGUGUUCAGAGUUAUUUCAAGUUCAGGUGAAACAUGACUGUUCUAGACAUACAGAAAUCACUUCGUCUUCAAUUUAUUUUUGUCAAAUUUCUCUGCAGGAAGGUCACUUAAAAACAACAGGAAACAAAGGAGGAGUUCAAAAGGUGACACACACACACAAAUAUUUUGGAAGCAAGGCCAUUACAGGCUGAACAGUUGGGAGUAACUUCAAGUUUUUGUUCACAAUCCUUUUUUUAAAAUCCAGCAUGAGUUUUAUGUAUUUUGGGAUGUAUUUACUCCAUGAUCGGAUGUUGCUUUCAUGGAAAUGCACCAUUUUACUCCAUUUACCUUUAGAUAUACAAUGAUGUUACCAGACCAUUGCUGAAUAAAUGUCAACAAAAGAAAGGGAGGGCUUAGUUUUAGGUUCAAGAAGAUUAGCAAGAGUCACAAAUUCAGUGUUAAAGUAAAAAAAAAUCACUUUGCAUUAUUCACUUUUACCUACUGGCUUUUGAGUGUCUGCAUACAAAAAUCCCAAUAAAUCUCACCCGUGUUCAAAACGCUGACAAACUAUCGCAGAAAUGGCUAGAAAGAAGCAACUGAGUAAAGAAACAAAAGUACAUAUUUGUACAUUGAGGAAAGAAGGAUACACAGAAAGAGAAAUUGCAAAACGCCUAAAGGUGUUUAACAAAGGAGUCCACUACACUCUGAAGAGACUAGAGGAACCUGGAAGUUAUGAUAAUAGAAAAAUACCUGGACGAAAGAGAGUUACUACAAAAGCAGGGGAUAAACAUAGCAUUGUCACCAGUAAGAGAGAUCGGUAAAAGACAGCACCACAAAUAAGGGAGGAAAUCAACAUGACAAGGUCGAAACCCAUAUCUCUGACAACCGUGACAUGACGUUUGAGAAAGGCUGGUCUGAAGGGUUGUGUAUCUGCAAAAAAAAACACAACUUUGUCCACAGAACAAGAAAAAGAGAUAUGAGUGGGCAAAAGCUCACAAAAAUUGGACUUAUGAUGACUAGAAACAAGUUUGCACUGUUUGGUUCAGAACGCAGAGUCUAUGUCCGCAGACAAACUGGUGAACGUCUGAAAGCACCAUGUGUUACACCCACAAUUCAGCAUGGAGGUGGUAGUUCCAUGGUAUGGGGAUGUUUUGCAGGUGAUAGAGUAGAAGAUUUGUUUGACGUAAAGGGUAUCAUGAAGAAGGAACAGUACCACUCCAUCCUCCAGCACCAUGCUGCUCCAUCUGGACUCAGACUUGUGGCUCAUAAUUUUGUUUUGCAGCAAGACAAUGACCUUAAGCACUCUGCAAAGCUCUGUCGGGGUUACCUAGACAAAAAAGAAGAGGAAGGUGUUCUUCAAACUGGUUUGUCCCCCUCAGUCUCCAGACCUUUCUCCAAUUGAGCUUGUGUGGGAUAAAUUAGAUCGAUCAGUCAGAAAAACACAUCCCACGUAUCAGCAGUCUUUUUUUAAUGAACUUCAGAAAGCUUGGAAUGCAAUCCCUGGAACAUACCUUAAAAAACUUGUGGAAUGAAUGCCUGGUAUAUGCCAAGCUGUUGUUAAAGCCAGAUGAGGUUACUUCAAAGAAAGCAAAGUCCAAGCAACAAUAACUCAAAUACUUAAUAAUUAUAGUCAAAAUGUCUUCUGAUAAGUUACUCUUUACACAAUAGUCAUGUUUAUUGUGUUGCAAAUUAUACAUAUGUAUAUGAAACUAUGAUCUUUUUUGUACAAAUCUGAUCUUGCUUCCAAACUUUUGGCCUGUAGUGUAUAGAUAUUAUUUUUAACACGAAUGAAAACAUUUUGAAUGCGUUUUGUUUAUUGUGUUUCUGAUCUAAGAUGAUCACUCAUUCUCUCUGCCAGGGCAAGAAAUCACUGUUUCAAUCUGAUGAUGAAUUACCAACAGGUUGGUUGAAAUAAUUGUAUCCAUCCAUCUGUUAUAAGCAAUAACCUCUGCAAAAUAAUUCCUUUGUCAUUGCUUUGCUUUUUAUUUUAAGAGUGCAUCUUUGGCCUCACUGGUGGUAUGUCUUUCCCCCUGGGUCUGUUUUCUUGUGUCAGUUUGUCACUGCCUCACAGCUUUGGUCCUAAUGGCUUUUUUCCAUCCACACUGCAGGGGAGUGAAACUGUUUUUAAUUGAUUUGUUUUGAAGGUUUUGGGGCUGAGAGUUAUUUCCUAAAUUUGCAUCAUAGGGGGUGUACUGGAUUAAACUUUGAGGGAAGAUGGUGGAUGUAUGAGGUGUUGCUGUUUGCCACUUUAGUGCCACUUCUAGUGUUCAGUAUGGCGGCUGCCACAGAGACCACACCCAGGUUUUUAGUCCAACUUGUCAGCUUACUAGUUUUUUUCUAAUUGCUCUAUUAUUACUUCACUCUAUCUCUUUAUCUUUUCUAUCUCUUCAGCUACUUUGAGUCAAAAUUGUUAAUCACCUCCUCCUUUGUAGAGUCUGAGUCUGACGGAGAGGGAGGUGAUGAAGAGGAGGAGGAAGAAGAUGAGGAUUCCUCAUACAGUACGAGUUCUGCAAUUGUCUCAGUAGUUUAUUCCAACUACUUGAUAUUCAUAGAUGUACCAGUAUGACAUCAGAUAGAUCUCAUGUGUAUACAGUACCACAGGGUCAUGACUGUGGCUGUGCUGACUUUGAUAUCUGCAUGUGUUUAUUACAGAUGAAGAAGAUGAGGCAGAGCAGCAACCAGGAGUUAGCGCUGACAGCGACAAGGAGGUGUUCGAAGUUACAUGCGGAGCUGAAAAUGCGACCUUGCAUGUUGAGCGAUUUGCAUCAGGUAACAUCAUUAUGUCCUGUUUCACAGCUGAAUAUGCAAAUAUAUGCACGGCAGUGCUCAGUCUGCUCAGUUAAGCUCGACGUGGUUUUCAAAAACAAAAGAUAAAGUGUUCACGAGUCUAUGUUUUUAACAAGACUGGCAUUUGUUAGAGGUUUCAGUAAGCAGUUAUCCAGCUGGUUAUUUUACAACAGUUUUAAAUCAGGUCUUUGGUUUUUAUUUGUGUUUUAUUUGUUGCUUUUUUAAUUUAUUGUGAAGUUGAGUUUGAUGAGGUUGUUGUUCAGUAGUGAUGUGAAGAACAGUUUUUGACUGUACUGAAUCCUUAGAAUCCGUUCAUUAAAACGAUUCGUUCAAAAGAUUCAUUCACUGAAUCAGUCAGUGCUUCGGAGCCCCAUCCUGCCGGUGCAGUACACAAGUGAGUGACAGAGCUGCGAGUUUGUUCAUUGAAUAAGCCCCUCCCCUCCCCUGCUGCUGAAGUCACAGCAUUGUUCACUGGGUGACCCAUGUCGUUCAUUUGCCAAGUCCUGAAAAAAGAAUCACUCCCCUGCCCUGAAGAACUCACCCUUCUGUGUGCUGCUGUUGGCGAAAACAACAGCAAGCAGCACGGCCGCUAAACAAGCACGAGUCAUCGUUCUUUUAUAUCCCUGAAAAGUGGAAAGAUUAAAGAUAAAUAAAUAUCGCAGCUGUAGCGGGGAUUCAGAUACUUUAAAAGAUAUCAAAUAGCGUAUUGCUUUAAAUUGGCUGAAAUUAAAUCCUUCGUGCAGUAAAGUUUAUACACGUGUAUUGAUGUAAAGCCACUAUAAUGCACUGUUUUAUUUUAGCCUCAGUGAAUAAACCGGUGUUCAGCAGUAAGUGAACGACGCUACACCUCUCCCUCCUCUGCCUGCAUCAAGUCAUUCGGAAGUCGUUCGUUUCGUUCACAAUGUCGUUCACUGACUGACUGAAUCAUUCUGUUCACGUACUGAUGCACGUCGUUCACAAAUGUUUCGUUCACUGACUGAAACAGGUCGUUCAUUAGCUGUGAGUUAAUUACAAGACUCCGCCCGCCCGCGGUCUGGCUGUGUGUCGUUCGCCAGAGUCUAAGGUGGCAGUUCCACUGCCGACCAGCAUGCCGGGCUCGCGGCUGAGCUCAACUGAACUAAGAAGGGAACGAAUCAGGUCUCAGAGAGAUUCAGUUCACGUCGUUCACUCAGCAGUUCCGUACUUUUGAACGAAACCUUCAUGAACUACACAACACUAUUAUUAAGUUGUUAACUUCGGUAGAGUCGAGUUCAGCUACUUUCUUAAGAAACCCACUGAAGCCCCAGCAGAGAAGCUGGACUAUACAUCAGGACCAUCAACUUUAGAGAUUAGAACUGAUAAGAUGUUAUUGAUGCUUAUACCUUUAACAACUCUGUUUGUUUAUCCGAUUCUGAAUCCAUUUCAUCCUCAACCCCUGUGGAUUUUUAAUCAUGGAUGUCGUUACCUUGCCUGGCUUCUGACUGGACCUUUGCUGAUCAGCUGAUCCCCGACAGAGACUUGGUCAACAGGCCAAAACAAAGAUGACAGCCUCUGUUUAGCUUGUUUAGCUAACAACAGAAAUCACAUAUUUCACUUAAAGUAAUAAAUCAUCAGAGAUUACAGAUUUUUUUUUUUGGACGUAGGGGCAGAAAAACUGCCAAGAAACCUGCCGGUCUCACAGAGGGAGUGGGCUUGAUUGUAAUAUUGUACAUAUGGUAUAUAAAAAGUUUGAGAGCAUGAGGUGGUUACAGCUCGCACUAAGAUUAAUGGUGGACUAUGUAUUCAAUAUAUUGUGCUAUAGCAGUGCAGGACUUCUUGGUUCAAUCAAUCAAAUUUUUUUAUAUAGCGCCAAAUCACAACAGUCGUUUUCCCGAGACGCUUUCUGAAAAAAAGAGCAGUUCUAGACCAUGCUCAUUGUUUCAUGAAUUAUCGAGACCCAACCUUAAGAUGGGACAGAUUUGACCCAUCUCAUCUUACAUGAGUGAUUGGUUGUUGUUCGCACUGACUGCCUCUUGCUCUGCCUCUCAUGAUUUUUUUGUAAAACAUGAGGUAUUUAACAUAAGGCACUGAAAAGUGUAACGUUAAACAUAAAGGCAAACUUUGUAUCCACCAGCUAGGCCCAGCAGCAUCUGCCUUUGUUUCAACUUAUUUUCUACACCAGGGAUUUGUGGGAAAAGUAUCCGUACUGAGACGAGCUGGAUGACCCCACUGGAGUUUGUGAAGUUUGCAUCGGGUCAGACUGAAACCUCCUGGAGAAAAGCCAUCAAGUGGGAAGGAAAGCCACUCAGUCACCUCACAGAGGUAACUAGGGUCUGUGUGAGAUCGGGCUGCAGAGCCUAAACCCCAAACCUCCAGUACUCACCCUGAUCCAGAUUGUUUAAGGAGUGAAAAAUGUCAGCUGGACUUGCAAAAGAAACAUAACAUUUUUCUUUUUCAGACAAACAUCUUGCGGAUACACUCACUGCUGUGUUCCUGCAGGCUGUGCAAACCGGAUCAUCAAGAAAUUGUGAGUUUGCAGAUCAGUUCUGAGCAUUUUUUUCAUAGGGUAAACUUUAUUUACAAUGACAUAUUAUUGAAAAUUACAUUCAUGCUGUAUUGUGUAAAAUGAUUGUCUAUAAAUUUCUAUGGUUAUGUCUAUAAUUUCUGUGCUAACAGAGUACUGUCAUGUUUGAAUUUGCAGGAGAAUCAGAACAACGAUGACAUGUGUUGCAUCUGCAAGAGUAUUGGGAAGUUGGUGGCGUGUGAUGGGUGCCCACGCUCCUUCCACCAAAAGUGUCAUCUGCCUCAUAUAGAUGACGCCACUUUAGGGUAAGCAAAACUAAACAGGUCAGAUGAAAUGUGAAAAACUCCAGGGUUAGAGUUAAGGUCCUUACACACCGGGAGCGUGUUUUUCGUGCGAUUAUUUUGGAUGUCAAUAUUUUUUUUAAACCCGUAUCCUGUCAAUUCAAGCGUUCACAUCAGCAACAUUUUUGUAUCACGGUCGAACUCUCUGAAGUUUCACAUAAUGUGUGUCGACUUCUGACCAAUCAGAUUGCGUGUUGUUGCAACGUCAGAUUCACUGGUAUAUCCAACAUGGCCGACCGGCUGAUUGUUUACGUGUCGGAGAACUUUUUGAUAAAAGACACAAACAUUACAAAGAUAAGAGUCAUAGCAUUGGAUUUCUCAUAUGACGAUGGUUUGUGUGCUUUAACAGUUUGCUAAACGUCUUUGUUUUAACUUUUAUCUGUGCUAAGUAACUUUAGCUCGUAAGCUAACCUGUUCAGAUACAACAUACCAUAUGUAUUUUCACUGUCUCAAACUCAAUCGCGUUGCUGUCACAGCACCAUUAUGUCUCGGUUGUUACCUUACGUUUAUGGAUUAUAGUUUAAUGUGCUUAUCUGGUACUGGCCCCGACUCAGUACAUGCUAUCAUGACAGACAGCCAUCUCAACACUAACCAGAACUGAAAAAACAGUCAGUCUGCUGUUGUGUCAGUCUUCUCGCUUCCACCCGGGAUGCAUCUUUUUUUCCCCCCGGAAAGUCGCAAAAUCGCAUUGCACUUGAUGUAUAUCAUCAGGCACGUCAAAAUUCGCCUCCGAAUGUUUCGUAAUUUCGCGUUAUAUAGUUGCGUCGUUCCCGGUGUGUAAGGACCUUAAACCAAAACAAGCAUAAUUAAAGAUGCUAGCACAUUCACCCCUUGCACCUGCGUGCGUAUCAGGAUGUGAUGCAUGCCAGCAAAUUUCCAGUGGUUGAGCAGUCAAAGAUCUUGUCGCUGCUCUUUAACUUGUAACCAUGCUUACACCUCAACUUAAACUUUAAAUUGUAUAAGAAUUUGGGGGUUACGACAUUGCUUUACUGAAUUUGAUCAUGUUAGUUAUGAAAUAAUCAACACCAAUAAUCUGUGACAUGUUCUGGGACUAUUAUAGAUUUAAUUUGUCAAACCUCACAUUGGUCUGUGUGUUUCUGUGUGUGAGCAGGGACGACAGACGCUGGAUGUGUACCUUUUGUGUGUUCAAAACCAAUCGGGAGUGGAUGUAUGGGGAUGCACUGAGCAGGGAGGCAGUCAUGGUCAAAGAUAUAUCACAACACGAAAUGGUAGGCACACCCACUGACUCUCUGACUUUCAUCCCCUGUAAUUAAUUAAUGUCAAUCAGGAAUUUUAGAGCUCACCCACAAACAAGCGGCUGCUGGAGGAGAGUGGGUGAAUUGUGUUUAGUCUCUUUGCCGAAGAAACCAGGCAAAGCUAAAAAGAUGUUUGAUGGCUGGUACUAUGUGCUGGGACUCUAUAUGUACUGUUGAUGAAGUUAGGUGCUAUUCCGAGCAUUAUUUGUGGCUAUGAGUGGCUUUUUGGUUGCGGUUUGUGUGUGGAGACAUAAACCGCUGUCUUGGGGGGGUGUCUAACUCAGUGUUAUGGUGUGUUUGAACGUGGCUUAAAUUUACGCCGGAAUAUCCCUUUAAGUAUACUUUUUGGGGUCAUAUAUUUGUGCUGUUGUGUUCAUUUUCCUGCUUUUUUGUCUUUUGUCAGUCCUAUCCAUGGUAGACUGAUUUGCCAUCAAUCUUGUCAUUUUUCCCACACAAACAGGGCUGCCAGUACCUCAUCCUGUAUCUGUGUUGUGCUGAUGAGGAACAGACAUUCACUUCGAACCCAAGACUCUAUGCAAGUGUAUUUUUAUUUUUUUUACAGAUCUUGAAUUUCUAAAAACAUGCACAUAAUGAUUUGGCUUAUGUAGGGAUCACAUGCCCUUAUUUCAGUUCACGUAAGGCUAGAGUAAAAUGCUUUUCCCUUUUGCUUUGCACCCACAGUUGAAAAACUACACCAAUGUGAUCGACAAUCCAAUGUGGCUGGAGAAAAUAGCAGACAAACUACAGAGGAGACUCUACCAGACUAUAGGAGAGUUUGUGUCUGACGUCCAACUUAUUUUCUCCAACUGUGCUUUAUUUAACCAGGUAAAAAUCAUCGCCAUAUAAAUCCUCACAUUGAUGUAAUAUCAAACCUUUCCGUUUUUCAGGAAAUAUUACAGUGACUUUUUUUUUUUCAGGAGAACUCUGAGUACUUGACUUCAGGAAACAGACUGAAGGAUUUAUUUGAAGAAGAACUAAAGAAGGUUUUCAACAUCUCAGAAUAG